UUCAUUGUUGUGAAUCUUUGAGGAUUCUGUUUUAAAUUGCCCACAAAAAUGGCUUGUUAUUUCAAUGAAACUUUCCUUGUUAUGCUGCUCUGCAUUAUUCUCCCAAGUUUUUCAACUGAUGAAACCAGACACUUAAACUCCACAUCCGACAGAGAACUGCUUAUCUCCUCAUAUCAAGAAAGCCUUCAAAUAGUACACGAAGCCUCACUCCGUUCCAGACAACAGCGAAGCACGCCGUUGUCUUCCAUGCGUGUGUUUACAUUCCUUCGGCAAACCGAGCCUGAGACCCUGGAGAUUUCCCGGGCUGCAGAGGUUUUUCAAACAACUCUACAAGUCCUAAAGAACAGAGCAAGACAGAGACAUAAAAGGAAUGUCAUGGCACCAGAAUUCUUUUCAUGGGAGGACGUGGAGCUGAUUGCAGAGCUGUCUGGAUGUCUUCCUGCAACACAUCGAGCCAUCUGUCAGCUAAGUCACCAUAACAAGUACCGCUCACUAACGGGCCUCUGCAAUAACAGGCAAAAUCCUCUCUGGGGAGCAGCCAACACUCCCUUGGUCAGAUGGCUUCCAGCUGAAUAUGAAGACGGAGAGAGAGAACCCAAGGGUUGGAACCGAGGACGGCUCCAUAAUGGAUUCCAACUUCCCUCGCCACGGGAAGUCAGCAAGAAAAUACUGAGGAGCUCUUCGAAACAGAAAGAUGAUGUGUAUUCGCAGCUGUUGGUGGAGUGGGGCCAGUACAUUGACCAUGACCUAACGUUUACCCCUCAAAGCUUGGACAGUGCCUCUUUUUGGACUGGUGUGGACUGCUUGACUACAUGUGAAAAUAUGCAUCCAUGCUUUCCCAUUGAGACAGAUGAUAUCACCUCUGGGGGCUGCAUGCCUUUUCAUCGCUCCAUACCAGCCUGCUUUGUCAAUUUUGGGUCUGAUAUUGGACAAGCUCUGCAGCGACAGCAGAUGAAUGCCAUCACAUCAUUCCUGGAUGCUUCGGUUGUGUAUGGCCACACUCCAAAGCUGGCGAGCUACCUCCGUGACCUCUCUGGCCUUAAUGGGAAACUUGCUGUCAACGCCGAAUUCACAGAUCCCAAGGGAAGACCGUACCUCCCUUUCGUAGCCACUGUGCCAUCAGCGUGCCACCAGGAUCCACAGGGCGAGAGGGUGGAGUGCUUCAGUGCUGGAGACAGUCGGGUCAGUGAGGGUCUGCCACUGACCUCUUUGCAUACACUGUGGCUUCGGGAACACAAUCGGAUUGCGGAGGCACUGAAACACAUUAAUGGUCACUGGAGCCCAGAGACUAUAUACCAAGAAACUCGCAAGAUUAUUGGAGCUUUGCACCAGAUCAUCACCAUGAGAGAUUAUGUUCCAAAAAUUAUUGGCCAGGAGUCUUUUGAUCAUUACAUUGGACCCUACGGGGGAUAUGAUCCAACUACGGACCCAUCAGCCUCCAAUGUCUUUGCCACUGCUGCAUUCAGGUUCGGCCACGCUACCAUCUCUCCGGUCCUCAGGAGACUGAAUGAGAGCUUCCAGGAACAUGAGUGCUUCUCUCCCUUGAGACUGCACAACACUUUCUUCAGUCCAUGGAGAAUAGUCAAAGAAGGUGGAAUUGAACCAAUCCUGAGAGGUAUAAUUGGAACUGCAGCAGCUGCCAGCUCAGACAUGGUGAUGACAGAGGAGCUAACUGAGAGGCUGGUCGUCCUUAACGUGCCACAGCACAUGGACCUGGCUGCUCUGAACCUGCAGAGAGGACGAGAUCACGCUCUCCCAGGAUACAAUGAUUGGAGAUCAUUCUGUGGACUGAAGAGAGUUAAGACACUGGAUGAUCUCAAAGAAGUUGUGAGAGACAGCAGAGUUGCUGAGAAGAUAUUAAAAACAUACAAACAUCUGGACAAUAUCGAUGUAUGGCUUGGAGGGCUUGUCGAAAACUUGUUGCCGGGCUCAAGAACUGGUCCCCUCUUUGCUUGCCUGAUUGGAAAGCAGAUGAAAGCGCUCCGUGAUGGUGAUAGGUUUUGGUGGGAGGCUGAAGGUAUGUUCAGCCCGCAACAGAAGGCUGAGAUUUUAAAAGGUUCUUUGUCUCGGAUCAUCUGUGACAACACUGACAUAAGGGAAGUGCCUGCUGAUUCUUUCAGACUCAGGAAAUACCCCACUGAUUACAUCUCAUGUGAUCAUAUACCGUCAAUGAAUCUGGAAGCUUGGAGAGAGGAGAAGAGCCAAGACUUGGAACAGUGUGGCACUCCAAGUACGAUAAAGAAUGGGGAUUUUAUUUUGUCCUCUACAUCUGGCAAACUGGUCGCUCAGUACUCCUGUUACCAUGGUUUCAAGUUAAAGGGUGCUGCUGCAAUACUUUGUGAGGGAAAUCGAUGGAGUGAUCAACCCCCACAAUGUACAGGGAACCAUCAUUAGGUUGCUGACAAUGCAGCAGAUCCAGAAAUGCUUCAUAGUUUUAAAACAAAGCUCAGGGAAAUAUUAUUAUCCUUGCUCUCUUUGUAUUUCAUAAUUAUGUUGAUUGACAGUGCUAAAUUAAACUUUUUUUUAAAUAUUCAUAAUCUGCAAUCUGCUUAACAUUUGGUAAACUUUGAUUCUCCUCUCAUAAAUUUGUUCAAUAAAAGUAUAUGCA